CACUACUUUCAGGCCUCACGGACACUACAUGGUUUGUUUGGUUUUUUUUUUUCUAUGACACCUUUACCACCACUUUAUGACUACAGCUUCAGGAGUAAAACAUCAUCUACGGGAUCUGAACAUCGCUUCGUAACAUCGGAAACAAGACCAUUGUUCUUGACUUUUCCAAGUUGCCCCAGGACAGACGUCUACCCUCACUUCAUAACUGACCCCGGAUGUCCGUGUUGUUGAUCUCUUCUCCAGCAAGGAGAUAUGUAUCUGAGCAAUGGAAUCUGUAAAAACACUAUCCUGCACUGACCUUUACCUAGUAGCGAGGAAACAAAAUUGCGCCCAGCAAGGCCUUCAAACAAUUAUUAAAAGUAAUUCGUAAAAACUGAACGAGGGGCUGUCAAGUUAAUUAACGCCAACCAUUUAAAAUAUAAAAUUAAAAAUAAACAUCCUCAUUUUCAACCAUUUCCCUGUUUGUAAGCCAUUGUAGUAGUGUUUAAACAUUACUUCCCCGAAAUCGAUGGAAAAAUUAAAAGAAGACUAACUUGGUAGGUAAUCGUCCUUGACUGAGGAUGAUUACUUGGCUCGUGAAGAACCAUUUCUCAUUUAAAGAAUCGUUUGCCAUCUAACUGCCGUCGUUCUAAAUCAGACGAGAAGUCAUCAGUAGAUAACUGGGUUCUGUUUGUUUUCAAGGCUCGAGUGUCUAGUGUAAUGGAAGGUCGGGUCAGAUGUCCUCUCAGUAUCCUCGUCCUCUUUUCCAAACUGUGUUUUUUCGCCACGUUCUGUUUACAUUUCACAGAUGGAUCUUAUGGGUUUUCUCUGGACAACUACAAUGGGUCCAUCAUCGUGAAGGAGGGCUUGAUGUCAGAGAUUGAGUUUUCAUGGCGAAACCUCACCGCACCUUAUAGGGUUUUUGUUCUUCACAAACCCACGGACUUGAAACAUCUUGUCACAAUGUGUAGAUUACGGAGAUCACAGGAUACCUGCACCAGCAGUAACGACCAGUUGUGCCAGUGCUUGAAUCCUGACCACUUCAGGCUGACCAAGACUUUUAGAGUUGAGGACACGGGACAGUUGCUCUUUCAGUUGUUUGAUAUACCAUCGCUAAACAAACUGAUCAACAUCAGUGUCCUACCAGAAAGAAAACGUCCCACCCACCCACACGUGACCUGUAGCCCGCAGCCCUUCGUACAAGAAAACACAAACAUCAGCUGCACGUGCAUCAUUUCUGACCUCAGCUUUCCCUCGGGAUCUCUGAAGUGGAUUGUUGGAAAUCGGAUCACUACUGGGAUCGAAUUGGUUGGAGAAAAGGGAAGCAGUCCACUGGAGCUUCGUUAUCAGAAGACGUUAGCAGCUGCAGAUCAUAACAACACCUGGAUCAGGUGUGAUGUCGUGUGGCAAGGAGAUGUUAUUCAAGGGGAGGUCUACACAGCAAGCGUGGCCUAUUCUCAUCGAUCGCUAAAAAUGACGAUCAACGAUGAAAGCGAAGACAUGACGGUGUCAGAAGGGGAUCCCUUGACCAUCAGGUGCGAAGCCGACGGACAACCCACACCCGAGAUGAAGCUGGAGCGUAUCCUUGACAACCGGAUCGUGAAGAAAGGCCUCUCUCCCCUCAGCCACUCAACAACCGCGCGCUGUGACGUCACAGACCUGUACACGUGCUCCGCAAACAAUCAGCUUCAAGGAAAAGUCCAGAAAACCUCCAGACUGGAUGUCACCUGUAAACCAAGAAAUGUUUCGUCUUUGCAUCUUGGAACUGUCAAAGUUGGUGACAAACCACAAGUUCUCCAGUUUGAAGUAAUUUCCUAUCCUCCGCCUACUAGUUGCAUUCUUUUCUUCAUGGCAUCAGCAGAGGAUGCAAAAGGAAAUUCCACGCAGCACGAGCUGGACACCUCGACGACUGUCACGUGCACACCGUAUCCAGUGAGGCGUCACAUGUCGCAGUGCACGCUGUCCGUCACAGACCGUUUGUACCUGUCUGGUUUGUACGGGAUUCAAAUCACUAACGAUGUUGGACAAGUAAACUUCACUUUUGAGAUCACACUUGGUGAGAUUUUAGGAAUUUUUUUUUUAUCUUAAGUUACUCUUCCCGACAUUACACCCCUACCCCAUUAAUUUCUAGUGCGGAGGAUAGGAGUGGAGACAAAAAAAAUGUUGACACUUCAUCGCAGUUUCUCGCGCGCGUGGUUCGCUUGUUUACUUCCGCUGCCACCGGAAGAGAAGAACCGAAAGUACGAAUGUGACCUCUCGUAUGCUGAACAGAUGAGAAUACUUGGAGAUACUGAGCAGCACCUGCUUCCUGUCAUCGUCAAAACAGGAGCUUAUCAGAAGUAAACUCGACAUCAUGAAAGUACUAAGAGACACACGCAAAAGAAAGCAGACUGUUGAUUGGGUUGAAUGUCUUCUGAUAGGAAAAACUCAAAAAUCUUUCGCCACCUCGUGAUUUCUUACUCCUGGGCCGCCCGGUAGAGAGUAGUAAAAACCCUUGUCACCACAGCAGUGAAAAGGUCCUGGGUUCAGAUCUCGCGUCGGGACACUCUUUUGUAUGUGAUGGCUGUUCACAGGACCGGCUCUCGAGGUUUUUCUCCCCUCCCAUAAGAAGGAUGGAAGACAUUUUCUGACGAACCAAUUCAUCUAUGAUUGUGUUUGAGUGCAUGAACUUGUAUAAUUUAGAGACUGAAGAUUUCACCGAAUUCAACAAAGAACUGCUACAGGCGAAAAGAGCGCGGAUCCCACAACUUUUUCAUUUCUAAACAUGGUUAGCUCCAGUAGUGCAUUCGAUUGCAUCAAUAGAUAAUCUCACCAUUUCCAGAAGGAAUCUGUAUACAAUUUUAGUAUGUAUCCAAAAGUGUUAUAGGUGAUGUAUCAACAGGAAGUUGUUGCAGUUUUAAUUCAAAAUGUUACUAAAGUACAAAACUUUGGUAUUGGUCAGCAUCUCAGAUAUGUUUUCAUGAUUAUUCUGGAACUUCUUAUGGUAAAGAAUGUCGUUCAUCAUGUGAGACAUUAAAUAGACAGCACAUGCAAAAGAAAGUAGUUGUACCCAUAUCCCCCAAACUUUUUAGUGUACUUUAGUCUCAUGUGCAUAAUUUCAGAAAGGUCUGCUUCAUAUUUUAUUGCCAAAACAAAUGGUCUUUGGGCAACACCCUUUAAGAGGAAGAGCUGCAGUCCACAGUUGCGAGCUAUGCAUUUAAAAUAUAAGCAUGCUAAAUAAAAUUGCCGACCAUAAAUAUAUUCAUACAAUAUGAACAAAUCUUAUGGGAGAGAAACCUCUGUACCAACUGACAAUUCAAAGUUUUAUAUUUGUAAGUAAAAAUAGUAAAAUUGUAAAUACCUCUCAGAACAUACUCAUCCAUCGAUCAACAUGAAGAACUUUAGCCACAUUUGAAGAAAUAUUUAUUUAAAUAUCCAAUCAAGCAAAAAAUACAUCUUUAAUUAAAUUACAAUGUGUUACAUAUAAGGGUAGCCCUUAAGAUAAAUGAUAAAGUUUUCAUUAAAGGAUUUACAAAGCAUAAGCUUAGUGAUGUGAUUACAAUGUUGACAAAUACAU